CAGUCUUGUUUUACACGAGGCUUCCAUGCAGUCACACUCUUAAAGUUCCUCCUGGCUCAUGUCUGUCACACUGACACACACCACCCAAAACAGGGUGCCAUUCUAAACCAAAACAAUUCAAGUUCUUUGGUUUCGAAUAUAUAUCCAUUUUCACACACAUUUCUUGAUGAGUUUCUUCUUGGAUGCUGGCAUAAGAAAUCUAGCAAGUACAUGUAGUACAGUUUCCUCUUCUUGCUUGACACACUGAACAUGGCACAGAUUUUGGCACCCUCUACACAAUGGAAGAUGAAAAUAGCAGAAAUCUACUCUACCUAUACAACCCCCACUACCUCAAAAAUGAGUUCUUUAUUGUUGAGACAAAACAAGAAAGGUGCACACACCAGCUCUAAUAAGUUUCAGGUGCUGGCGAUCAAAUCGGAAAACAGUACCAUCAACCGGCUUGAGAAUCUACUUAACUUGGACAUCACUCCAUACACCAAUAAAAUAAUUGCUGAGUACAUUUGGAUUGGAGGGACAGGAAUUGAUAUGAGGAGUAAAUCAAGGACAAUUCCUAGUCCUGUUGAACAUCCCUCUGAGAUCCCUAGGUGGAACUAUGAUGGAUCUAGCACUGGACAAACAACAGGUGUAGAUAGUGAAGUAUACCUGUAUCCUCAAGCAAUUUUCAAAGAUCCUUUCCGGGGUGGUGAUAAUAUCUUGGUUAUCUGUGAUUCAUACACACAAGAAGGUGAACCUAUCCCUACAAACAAGCGACACGGAGCAGCAGAGAUCUUUAGUCAUCCCAAGGUUAUAGCCGAAGUUCCAUGGUUCGGAAUAGAGCAAGAGUACACCUUACUUCAAAAGAAUGUAAAAUGGCCUUUAGGUUGGCCACUAGGAGGCUAUCCUGGUCCACAGGGCCCUUAUUAUUGUGGUACUGGGGCAGAUAAGUCGUUUGGGCGCGACAUAGCAGAUGCUCAUUACAAGGCUUGCUUGUAUGCUGGAAUUAAUAUCAGUGGCACCAACGGAGAGGUUAUGCCUGGGCAGUGGGAGUAUCAAGUUGGCCCUUGUGUAGGUAUUGAAGCUGCUGAUCAUAUUUGGUGCUCAAGGUACAUCCUUGAGAGAAUCACUGAACAAGCUGGGGUUGUUCUCUCAUUUGAUCCAAAACCAAUAGAGGGUGACUGGAAUGGUGCAGGAUGCCACACCAAUUUCAGUACCAAGAGCAUGAGAGAAGAUGAUGGUUAUGAGGUAAUAAAGAAGGCGAUCAUCAACCUAUCGCUUCGUCACAAGGAACACAUUAGUGCAUAUGGAGAAGGAAAUGAGAGAAGGUUGACAGGAAAGCAUGAAACAACCAACAUUGAUACUUUUUCUUGGGGGGUGGCUAACCGUGGUUGUUCAAUCCGUGUUGGAAGAGACACAGAGAAGAAUGGGAAAGGUUACAUGGAGGACCGGCGCCCGGCUUCAAACAUGGAUCCAUAUGUUGUGACAGCAUUACUGGCAGAAACUUCCAUAUUAUGGGAACCUACUCUUGAGGCAGAAGCUCUUGCAGCUCAGAACACAAGCCUUAAAGCAAAGAAGAACCAUGCAACUGGACUACCUCCUUGUAUAUAUGUUGACCUCCCAAGCUAGACAAGAACAUAGCAAUUACAAAGUUUGAUUUUCAGCUUUUGAGCUUCGAGGCGCGCCAUGGCUUCCAAAUCAGCAGCUCUCCUCCUCUCG